UCGGAAGCCGGGUUCGGAGUGGGCGGGGCCAGCUCCUCGCCGGUUGGGGGAGGUGGAGCCGCCGUGGCUGCCCGCGCGCCCCUCGUAACGGCCCCCUGGAGCGGCGACCAUGACCCAGUCGGUGGUGGUGCAGGUGGGCCAGUGCGGGAACCAGAUCGGCUGCCGCUUCUGGGACCUGGCGCUGAGGGAACACGCCGCCGUCAACAAGAAAGGAAUUUAUGAUGAAGCAUUAAGCAGCUUCUUUAGAAAUGUGGAUACCAGAAAUGGUGGUGAUGGUGCUGAUAUUCACAAAGGAAAAAUCUUCUCUUUAAAAGCACGAGCUCUCUUGAUUGACAUGGAGGAGGGUGUAGUGAAUGAAAUUCUGCAGGGGCCAUUGAGAGAUGUGUUUGAUAGCAAGCAGCUCAUCACAGAUGUUUCUGGUUCAGGGAACAACUGGGCUGUAGGUCAUAAACUGUAUGGCUGUCGGUACCGGGAACACAUUGUGGAAAAACUGAGGAGGACUGCAGAACACUGCGACUGUCUGCAGUGUUUUUUUGUAAUUCAUUCAAUGGGAGGUGGGACAGGAUCUGGUCUUGGUACUUUUGUACUAAAUGUGCUUGAGGAUGAGUUCCCGGAAGUAUAUAGAUUUGUUACUUCAGUCUACCCUUCUGGGGAGGAUGAUGUCAUUACUUCUCCAUAUAAUAGUGUUCUGGCUAUGAAGGAACUUAAUGAGCAUGCGGACUGUGUGCUUCCAAUUGAAAAUGAAUCUUUAUUUUCUAUAGUUAGUAAAAUUCAUCAGAUGACCAAUUCUGGAAAGCUAGGAUCAACUGUGAAACAAAACAGCUUGUUAACCUCAAGUGCAGGCAGUAUCAAAACUGAACAGGAGAAGCCAUUUGAUGCUAUGAACAAUAUUGUGGCCAACUUGCUGCUGAACCUGACAAGCUCUGCCAGGUUUGAAGGUUCCCUUAAUAUGGAUCUUAAUGAAAUCAGCAUGAAUUUGGUUCCCUUUCCUCGACUUCAUUACCUGGUUUCCAGCUUGACUCCUCUGUAUACAUUGGCUGAUGUUAAUGUACCUUCUAGAAGGUUGGAUCAAAUGUUUUCAGAUGCUUUCAGUAAAGAUCACCAGUUGAUUCAAGCAGACCCAAAGCAUAGCUUGUACCUUGCCUGUGCACUUCUGGUUCGAGGAAAUGUACAGGUUUCAGACCUUCGCAGAAACAUUGAAAGGUUAAAGCCUUCCCUUCAUUUUGUCUCAUGGAAUCAAGAAGGCUGGAAAACUGGCUUAUGUUCAGUACCUCCUGUGGGCCAUUCUCACUCACUGUUGGCAUUAGCAAACAAUACUUGUGUGAAACGAACCUUUACAGAGCUCAAAGACAGAUUCAUGAAGCUCUACAAGAAAAAGGCUCACCUUCACCAUUACUUGCACGUUGAUGGGAUGGAGCAAAGCUGUUUCUCCGAAGCCAUAUCAUCCUUGUCAGACCUAAUAGAGGAGUAUAACCAGCUAGAUGCCACUAAAGGUGCACCUAGAACAGAUCACUCAAGACUGAAGAUAGCCAUGUAACAGAGGAAGAAUUGCUGUUAUUUGGAGAACAGCAAACCACCUAAGCUAACUGGAUGGUUUGUGAAGCAUCUAGGACUAAUUAUUCCACAGGGAGCCUGGUACUGUCACUCUCCAGGCUGGCCGGGAGUGUUGUAUCAAGUGCUCAGCUUGUGGAAAAGGGACCAGCAUAUAUUGCACACUAGCAGAGUAAACAGUGAUGACGUCUGCCAGGAGGAGAGAGGGGAGGAAUUAUAACAGGCCAAAAUGGAGUUGGUGAACUCCUUGGACCAACUUAAGCUAAAUUAAAUUGAUCCCUGCUUUGGAGAAAAGAGUCCCCUUUGGUAUAAGAUACACGAGGGAAGGGAAAUCCUACAUUCCCUUUUCUCCAACGAAAGGAGGCAUCUAGUGAGUCUUGUUUCUGAAGUUCCUAAUAUCCUAGAAAAUUUAUUUCCAAAAUGACGGUCUAAGAUGUGUCACUAUUCACAACUUGCUUUGUCAUUGUAUUUAGAUGUAAUUGAACUAAAAUUUUCCAAGUUGAUAUCAAAACUGGCAAUAUCAAGAAUAAUUUGGCAAAAUGAAUGCAUCAAAUACAAUACUAAUAUAUUGUAUAAUUCACCUUUCAUGAACUGUAGGUUGCAUUAAUGUUGGUUUAUGUACUGAUCAGGAUAAGAGGCUAGCAUAGUAUGCUGCCUCUUUAUCCAAUAACUGAUCAUAUGUACAUAUGAUAUGGAUUGUUUGGAGAAUGAAGAUUAUAUUCUUAAAAGAACCUAAUUAAAAUAGAAGCAUAUUUUAAAUUAAAGAGAUUUUUAUAUUAUGAUCAGAUUAUAUUUAUAAACAGUUGUCUUAAUAACGCCUACGUUUUUGCAGAAUAAAAUAUACAGAUAUUCAGAAUUUGCCAACCUGACUCUUUUGUCUUAAAACUGCAUUAAGCCACUAAUGGACCCAUAAAGUGACUUUUUUUUUUAAUUAAAAGUUUCUUUCAAGAGAGCUCCGGUGGCAGUAUGACCAGACACAAUAGUAUUAGUUCUAAUUUUCAGUGUAUGAGGCCAGAAAUACACAAGACAAAUAUUUGUUGAGGCAAUUCUUAUUAGGUUGAAAGCAUUUUGAAAGUCACUCCGGUGAAACAACUUACCCAUAGAACACUAUAAAUGUGCUUGGCACUUAGACAAAAAACAUAGGGUAAAAUCCUAUCCCGGUUGAAGUCACCGGGAGUUUUGCCAUAGACUUCAGUGAGACCAGGACUUCACCCAUGGUCCCUACUCAAAGGAUCUUGCAGUCUAGGUUAAAUAAGAUACAAAAUAGCAUGAAGAGAGAACAGAAAUGAAAGCGAGACCAAUAUAAGAUCACUAGGUUACUUUUCACUGUAUACGUAGUGUUUGUUUUUGUUUUUGUUAGCAUGUCGUGUGGGGGAAAAUAAUGAAAUGGCAAAUUGUAUACAUUUAAAAUUAAAACCUAGAAAAAUGGUUCACUGGGGAUGAAGUGAACUAACCUAUACCUUGACAAAUGUUUUCAUUUGUACCUGUGCAAAUAUAAUGUUUCUUAUUCACUGCAUUUGGAGAAAUGUAAAAUAUAAGAAUUGGUGAACAAA